AUGUUCUGGAAGGUGGCCGUAACAACCGCGGCGCUGGCCUCGAGCGCUUGCGCCGAGAUCCGCCCGAUGGCCAUGGACCCUUCGAUCGAGGUCAGGGCCGUUGAUGUGCUGGAACGGAGCUACGAGGAUAUUGCGAACCGGUAUAUCGAAAAGCGCCAGAGCAUGGACGUGAACGCCGAAUGGGUUCCCACCAAGCCCGAGGUCAAGCUGAACGCCGACGGCUCCAUCAACAUGACUGCGUGGGAGGCCGAAACCUCUGCCGCCUGCACCGCGGCGCUCUCGCAUCUCGACGCCGCCUCGAACCCCUCUGGAACUUGCAUCUGCUACAACCUGCCGAGUCUCGACACCAAGACCGGCGUUUUCGAGGCCGACCUGCGCCUGUUCAAGGUCUCCGAGCCCAGCGGCGCCUUCUCCGGUAUCCCACCGCAAAACAUCCAGGUCGGACUCUCCUUUAACGGAGCCUCUGUGUCGCCAGUCAGCGCGAGCCGUAUCGGCAACGCCCGCCGCGACAACAACAACAUGGCCCGUGAUAUGACCUUUGAGGUCUCUUGGGGCGGACUGGAGAAGCGUGUCGUCACCCCCCAGGCUCUGCAGACCUACCUCUUUGUCGGUCAGAUUGACCAGACCAGAAUGGUGGCUCCCAUGUCCAUGUCUCAACUCGAAGCUCUCGUCAUGCCCACGCUCACUCUCACCGGCAUCAACGCCGUCGGCCAAACCGUCAACACGAACGUGUCUGCCAACGAGGCCUCCUUCGUUACCGGCGUCUUCUCCAAGGAAAUCGUCCGAUCCGACCUCGCCAUGGCCCAGGCCGCCGUCGAUGACAUGGUCGCCGGCCUCAAGAACGGCACCGUCGCCUUCGUCCUCCCCGGCACCCAGCUCAUGAUCUUCCCCGUCGGUCUCGUCGUCACCGGCACCUGGCUCCUCAUCGGAGUUGCAUUCUACGGAUUCGGCACCUACGAGCGCAUCGGCUACGCGGAGAGCUACAGGAGGAGACGCGCUGUCGCUGGCGACACGGCCAAGCGCAUAUAA